AUGGUACUAGUGCCUUCUCCUUCAGCUCAAUCUGAUGACAUUGCCAAGCCUAUUCUUUCUGGUGUUAUCUAUGGCACUGCUAUGCUGCAUCAUGCCGGAGAACCUGUUUCUCAGCCUAUAGCUCCUGUGAACUAUAUGUGGCGACCUUCUUGUCUUCGUAAUAGAGAAUAUGGUGACAAUGAACAUGGUUAUGAUGGAUGUAAUGAAACUCAAAUCUCUGAUGCUGGUUCUUCCCAUCGCCAGCUUUGGUUGUGGAUACAUGCUUCAGCUUUUAGCGAGGGAUAUGAUGCUCUAAAAUUUACCUGUCAGAAACAGAUGAAUGAGAAUGGCAUUUUGAUAAAUUGUUUGUCACUCGAGGGUCAACUUGCAAAAUUAGAAGUAAUGGGAUCACAGGCAUCAAAACUUCUUCAAAAGACAUUACAUUCUUUUUCUUGUAAUUCAGAGAAUUCUUGGCAAUUGAAGAAAUGCUCUGUUUCAGAGGUUGAUCAUGACUCUGAGUUGAAGAAGUCUAUAUUUGAAAGCGAGAACAUUUCUCCUUGUUCAGUUUUAUCUCUCGUUGUCAAGGAUCCUCGUUCAUUUCCUGUAAAGAUUGCUGAUAUUCCCAAGUUAACCCCAACCGGUACACCCAAUAAUGUUGCAGAAGAUGAAGGAGAAGCAGAAGAGCAUGUUGCAAUAAAUUUGGGAAAAGAUAAAAAAAAUCCUCUGUCAUCACGGUCAGAACCUGAAAGGAGUAGCAGUGUAUCUGACAAUAGGAAUUUGUGGGAUGCAAGCUGCAGAGUAACUUCCCCAGUGGAAGAGAAUGUUCUCUGCUGGGAAAAGCAUCAUUUGCGUUUGGAUUUUAUCUGCCUUGAUGAUCCUAAAUUAAGGACACCGGAUACUUCAACUGAGGUGCAGGGUUCAACAUCUUGCCCUAUUCUGCUUCUUAAAAACAGCAAUGGAAUGGAUUCACUGAUGGGCUGUCUCCCAUCCCAGUUGGCAAAGCCUUUGCCCCCUGAACUGAAGCCUGAGGCCAAAGUAGUUCGAGCUGGGCUGCCACAAUUUCCUUCUGAUUUUCCUGAUUGUAAUUCGUAUUCAUCUUUUAUGGUGACUGAAGGUGCUGCCCUUGACCACAAAGUGAAACGACUACCUCCUUCUGUAAGACCUCUGAAAAUACCCAUGCCACCUGCGUGGAAUAGUGUCCGUCUUGCUCUUGAUAAAGGAUUUGCUAUGGUUCAAGAUACUCAAAUUUCUGGCCAAAAAGAUAAGGUUGAUGGGAAUUUUUUAAUGAGCUUAGAAAAUGGCGAUUGUGAUAAAGCUGCAGUAGCUGGUCGUGGUAAUUCAUUUGAUGGAUUUGUAGCACGGACAUCCAGUAUACUCAUUGAUUUCUUGAGCGAAAUCCAUGCUCCUCAUUUGCUUUUAUUUCCUCACAUUCCAAAUAAGAAGACGAGGCUAUUGGAGCUUAUGAAGGAUGAAAACAUCCUAGGGAAAGGUCAAUAUAGUGGUCCCCAAAUCACUUCUAACCGUAGAUUGUGUUUCAUUAGAGUUCUUCUCCAUGCAUACAAGGAAGGUUUUAUUGAAGAGGGAGCGGUUGUUUGUGCUUCUGGUCCCAGUGAUUUAUCGUUGUGGAUUUCCAGAUCAGAGAAUAAUGAAGGUGGACUCCAAAUUGCCCAGUCAUCUGCAGGUUUGUAUUUCAAAGAGGAAUCUUCUGGUAAGUGGGAACUCCAAAUACCGCAGGACCCUGUUGUAAGGGAAUCUCACAGAUGGCCAAUUGGUUUCGUCACAACUGGAUUUGUUCGAGGAAGCAAGAAGCUAGUGGCUGAGGCUUUUUGUGAGGCAGUUUUACUCGCUCACCUUAGGGAGGAGCAGUGGAAUGGGAUGCCUGUUAAUCUAAGGAGGAAGGAAAUAUAUGUCCUUGUUAGGAAUUUGAGAUCUUCAGCAUAUAGACUUGCACUUGCCACUGUAGUCCUGGAACAACAAGAAGAAGAUGUGGGAUUCUUGUGA